AUGAGUUUGGAGAUGGAUCUAGAUUUCUUUGUUAUGUUCUCAUCUAUGGCAUCUGUUGUUGGAAUCGUGGCAUCUUCGUCAUACUCAGGCUGUAAUGCUUUCCAAGAUUCUCUUGCCCAGUAUCGAAGACAGGUACUCGGUUUGCCCGGACUUUCGAUAAAUUGGGGACCAAUCAGUGGAGCUGGUGUUAUGCAACGGCAGAGUAAUAUUGCAAAAUUGAUGGCAGUUGGAGGACUGGGCUUCAUAAACGCCAGAGAUGGUAAAUAUGAUUUUUGUAACACGCUAAUGGUGGUUUUGUAUAUGAAUUUGAUUAUUCUCAUGGGUAAUAAUUAAUGGAUUUAAAAGACAAAAAAAUUAUAUCGUUUAAAAUAGUGAAAGCAGAUGAAAAUGAACAUGGCUUUUCAUAUAGUUUGUAAGAGAAUAGUUGCGUCCCUGCUCUUGAUGCUACAAGGUAAGCCGAGGAAGAGAAAUGAGCGUUUUACAAGCGUAGAUGAAGAAGCGGUUCACUCCGGGUAACAUUAGUUUAAGAUCGGCAGCUGACGGUUUUCAGCCAGUAGACGACAUUCUUUACUUAUCAAAACGUAAGCCACGUACUGGAAUUUUUCUCAAAGUACCCAGUCUUACCUAUUUCCCCUGUAUGAAAGGUGACUGCUUUUUGUACCUUAAGAGAAAAAUUGUUCAUCAGUAGUUUCCAUGGAAGAUUUUCGAUUACUUUUCAGGAGUCAAUCUGAUGGCCAAGGUUUUGACCGAGGAGCCGAGCCGUUUCCAAAUCUCUUUAUUUGGUGUGGACUGGCUUCGGUAUAUUAACAGUAAUACCGGACUACAAAAUACGCCCCGACUCUCAAUGUUCACCUCAGAAAUCAGUGUUUCUGAGAGCCAAACUAACACAGCAGAGUCUUUACUGCAAAGAAUUCGGUUAGAGAAGGACCCAGAUAAGAAAGACGAACUUAUCGUUGAGUAUGUUCGCAUCUCGGUUGCGGAAUUGACAGGCAGUUCAUCGCUUUCAGAGACGGAUCUAAACAAAAGCUUGUAUAGCUAUGGUAUUGACUCCACUGCAGCUUUGACUCUGAAGAUGCUGCUUGAGUCAAACUUGCAGGUCUCUUUUUUGAGGUGUGUAUGUCAUUAGAUAACUGAAAAACAAUGAAUUUGUAAUUUUCCCAGCUGGUGCAUUUAAGAAAGUCCCGUUGGAAUAUCCUUAUACGUAUCUUGUAACCAAAAUUUCUUUUAGUUUGCAUAGCAGCAUUGUUCUAGGAAAUACUCCAAUUAAGAACAAUUCAUUCGAUUCAAUUGAGAGACGAUUCUCUUGAACCAUCGAUACUACUAAAUACACCCCUAUAUACCCAUAUAAGGAUCAUGCCCUCAUGUGUGUGGAUGGUUUAAUGGAAUUAAAAGUUUCUAUAAUCAUUCUUCGUACCUGGAAAUAGUGAAUAUUUAAUCAAAUUUAAACGUACGGUAGUGAAUUAUGUUCAAUCGAAACGUCGAUGCAUGUUAAACGUUUGAAACUCUUGUCUUUAGGUUUACUACUUCAUGCAGCCUGAUACUACUACACUAAAAAUGGCCAGGGACAUCAGUGCCAGGCUUCGUGGAAAAGCAAGCAGCCCGCAGAAUAGCGAGAGCCAAGAAAGUGCACCCGGACAAACUCAGUCAUCGGAGGAAACAAAUACUUCAGACAUGCCGUCCAAGAAGGAGGUUCAAGUCUUACCUCUUUACACUCCUGAGGGAUCAGCAAUAAAGUUCUUCUGUGUUCACCCUUCACAUCGCUACGCGUUGAAUUUGGUUCCCAUUUCUACCGGAUUUCAAGGACAGGUGCGUAUCUGACCGUUAUAGAAUUGAUUUAGCCCCUCAGCCAAUGACAUAAACAUCAUUUCAACAUCUUUUUUUUAUCAAUCACUUUACAUUUAGUUGUACAGCCAAAGAAAUAUUUUGCUGUCGUUGUUAUAGUUUCAAGGUAAUGUGAAUCCUGUGGUGACCAUAAGGCCGAGGUCGCUUCCCAACCCAGAUCUUAGAAGAUCUUGAAGUUUUAAGUAUCUGACUCUUUAGUAUUCCUCGCUUGACCCGGUAGCGAAAGGGGCUAAACAAUUAUUUGACGCAGUUUACAGGGGUCACAUAUUCUGGAGAUGAUAAUGAUUUCUUCUCCUCCGGAUCAACUCAUAUUCUUUAAACUUCGUUGAUUUGCGCUUUCUCUUGCCCUUUAUAAAAGUACACGUCAGAGGUUUCAAACACUUUCAUCGUGUGGCUCGCAUCUUUUAUUCGUCUUUACUAGGACUUAGUAUCCUUUUAUGCUCUGGGCUUUACUGAUCCUACGGUCAUCAGUGAGGACUGGGGUGGAGUGCGUGAGCUUGCCGCUCAUUACGUUCAGCUGAUCACCAACGAACAGCGCCAUGGACCGUACUUUCUCGGGGGAUAUUCAUAUGGAGGACUUGUAGCGUACGAAAUGGCUUCCCUGUUAACAGAACAGAAUCAUCGGGUGGAGUUCCUUGUAAUGAUUGACACAUUUCCUUGGUCACUGCGUUCACGGACCAUAACCACUCGGUUAUUUUCCGCGAAGGAAGACGGAUGGUUGCCAUCGCGACAUGUUCAGGUUUGUUAAACAUUUCAAAGUUCUGUAAAUCUUUUAUAUUGUUUUAAAUUGUUUUUCAUUGAAACAAGAAAUACCUCACUCAUAGACAUCUUCAUAAAGGAAAUGAAUAAAUUUUAGGAUUUUUGUCCUUAAUUGAGGAUUUGUGGACAUAUUGUAUUACCCAUGCCUCAUCUGGUGAUUUUAUGUUUAGUGUGACUCUUCCGAUUUCUUUGUUCGUGAACUCUGCGUAAGGAAUGCUUUUUCAAGGAAUCAUGAUUUAUACGGGUGAAUUUCAAAUUCGUAGAGAACAAUAAAACAUUAUUUGACGAAACCAAAAAGUAAGGUAAAACAGAGAAAUUUUCUCCACGGUGUUUAGAGAAUAAUCCAGGCGUACUUGUUAACCACCCGUUCCAAUCGGUGUACCACUUUUUUAGGAGGCUUUAUCUGUUCCUAUUCUAAUAUUUUAGUGCCCAAGAAAAAAUAACAGAUUCUGUCAAUCUCUCUAUUCAGCUCCAAUUCGAAAGCUACUUGGAAAAGCUUGCAGUAGACUCCCUAAAGAUGAAUGUUGACGAAUAUAAACAAAUUAGAGAUACACAUACUCAAGACUGGAUCAUUGAUGAGUUGCAGAAAAGAAGCCUUACGAAAGGUCUUACCACCUACAAUUUAAGGACCCUAAGAGAAGCUCUUCUGAGGAAUCAAACCUUUGCCAAUAGGACGCAUCAAGAAUGGCAGCCUGCUGAGGUAAGAGGCACCCUUACUGAAUGCCGAUAUCCAUAUAAUCGUGUUUUAAGGGGCAAGUUGUCCAAAUGCCCUUUGGUCAACAAGAAGAAUAUUAAACCAUGAGACAUUAUCAAUUUAUUGGAAACAUACUAAGUAUUGGUAAAUAACUUAAGUAAACUUUUUCAUGCUUUAUGUUUAAUAGGUUCGCUAUCGAGGUCCUCUCACAUUCCUCAGAUGUCAGAACAGCAGAUUUUUCCCCGUAAUCCCACAUCACGGGGCAUCGGGGAAGAAUGGAGUCAGUUGGUAG